GGGGAAAGCCUCGGUCUGCUUCGUCUUGACCAUACCUCGACUUUUGAGACACAAGUCGACAUGGUUCGCUCGACAACGAUAUUCAGAGUCUCCGAUGCUCUCCCCCUGGCCGCUAGUGUGGACGAUGAGAACACUGAGAAAGCCUUAACGGAAUACAAGCAGCAGUCAAAGCUUGUGUUCAGGAGGUUGAAUGCCAAUUCUGAACCAGCAUGUUCAAUAGAAUCUGGGCAAUAUACCUUACACUAUCUCAUCGUCGACAAAGUCAUUUACAUGUGUAUUUGUGAUUCGAGCUAUCCUCGAAAACUGGCAUUUUCAUACCUGGACGAGCUGUCUAAGGAGUUCCAGAACAGCUACGGUGACAAGAUUGACAGCGUAACUAGACCAUACGCAUUCAUGGGAUUCGACACAUUCAUUUCCAAAACUACUCGACUGUAUCGUGACUCGCGUACUUUGACUCAAGGGGGAGGGCCUACAGCUGGGCCCAGCAGUCAACUGGAUCAGCUCAAUGAGAAUUUGAAGGACGUCACAAGGAUCAUGACGAAGAAUAUGGAGGAUCUAUUAUGGCGAGGAGACAGUCUUGAUCGCAUGUCCCACCUCUCUACAUCACUACGGGCCGAGUCCGUAAAGUACCGUAAAGCAGCCAGGAACAUCAAUUUACAGGCGCUGUUGCGGAAAUGGGCGCCGGUCGGCGGUAUAGGAUUCUUCUUCAUCCUCUUUGCGUGGUGGAGGUUCUUCUAAGAUCGACGUAAGAUCGACGAAAACGAAUGACAUGCAUGUAACGAUCGUACAAU